CACUAAGCAAUGAAAGGGGUUGAUUCAGGUAAGUAUUGCAUCAUGUCCACACACAAGACAAGCUGUCGUGCGCUACCUGUACUCCGCUGCGACCACGUGGUGCGGAGCACGUACAAUGCUCAUACGCUCCCCAGGGGAGGGGAAAGGCACAAUCGAGGUAACACACUUAUAUCUGUCGCCUUAUUUUCCACGUAAGAAACGCUGUAAAGGUUACAAGGGAGGUAACCGGUGUACAGGAUGAAUGCUGCCUACUUGCCCCGCAACACGUUCAGAGAAGACGGGAAUGUUAGUAGAUGCUACGCCAGUUAUCCCGUCAGCCAAUCAGAAGCCCGGAUCUGGAUCGGCGCGUUAUAAAUACACCAGCACGUGGAACGUCAAUGUACUCUGACAGACUACUGAAAGGACGGAAGAUCCAAUACGCAUCAAGAAUAUCCAUUAUGGUCAAGUUCGAGAAAGUCAGGAUUACUCAGUUCCAGUACUUCUCCGUGAGUGUAAUCGUCAUCUUCAUCAGUUUCCUCCUCUUCCCCGUGCGCCGCCGGAUGGACACACAGACAGCACUUGUAGGAAUGAUGCAUCUUGGAAGUUGGGCAGCCCAAUAUGGCGCGCAGUUGUGGGUGACUCUUGUAGCAGGUCUGACGAUGUUCUACAAUCUCCCACGACACAUGUUCGGCCGGGUUCAGACACGCCUCUUCCCAAUGUUCUUCCUGUGGAGCCUCGUGACGUCAUCCAUCAUGUUGGGGACGUUCGUCAUUCAGCAUCCCCUCGAGGCCAUGCAGAGAAGUCACGUGAUACAGAUCUCAAUGCUCAUCGCCGGCUUCGUGUCAGCGGCUCUGAAUUCCCUGAUUCUAGCGCCACUCAUAGUUCGCGCCAUGUUGGUGACGUUUCAAAUGGAGGUGGAGGCAGGUGUCGGUGACGUCAUUGGUUACGCCGAUAUGAAGGAAAUGAAAAAGAACCCAGAAUAUUCAGCCGCCUACCGCACGUUCAGACGAUGUCACGGAAUGAGCGGGUUGUUGACCUUGGUUGGCCUCGCGUCCAACACCGUGCACCUGUACUACAUUACGUCGCAGUGUCUGCCGCUAUAACGUCGUCAAACCGUAGACGUCGCCGCUGGUGUGAGGACUUUUGAAGCGUUAGUGUUUGAGAAAUAUGGCUCACGACAAGGUUGUGAUUGAAUCUCAUUGACAGACAUGUGUGUACGUCACAGCGACUUCUCUGUGUGACAGAGUGCAUGUUGAUCUCAGAUCAAGCCUUACUGAGUGAACCAAUCAUCCUUGUGAUGUAUAUGACACUGAGGUUGUGACCCUGUCUCUGUGAAUGUUUUUCAGUGGGUGUCUUUCACUCACUUAACUAGAUCUGAACAUAUCCUGCUCAGUAAUAUUCCAUAUGAGGAGCUAUGCACCUAACCCCCACCCCCACUAACUACCUCACUCACUAUAUAGAAACUGGAACCGGACUUUGUUAGGGGUGUUGAACCAUUGACGUACUGUUAAGAAUGUGCAUUUAACACAUGUUAAUGUAUAUACCACGCAGUGUUUAAUUUAUUGUUCCAUAUUGGCAUGCAACUGUACAUAUCACUCUCGGAAGCACAAUUAUUAAUUAAGUUGUCUCAUAAUAAAUGUCUCAUCCUUUUUAA